UCAGACGUCACGUGACCGUGACGUAUUCGUUUUCGUUUAUCGGACCGGUUCAUAACGUGGAUCACGAGCGGUAUUCUCGUCGGCUUUCACUAUCCAUGCUGGAGCAGAUCUGAUUCCAUCGAAGAACGGGAGCCAUUGCUCCAAGUAUGAUCGUUGCGUAACGCCAAAGCCUCGAGGGAUAACCCUCGCUCGGCUCCAUUCGGUUCGGUUCACCGAAGCCGCACGAAGAAAUCGAAUCGGAGAACCGAUGGUACACGGGUGGGGUAACCAGAGAGCAACUAUACCGAGCAAGUGAAGGGAGAAGCUCUCUGUUCCGAGGUCGGUAACUAAGUGUCAGUAGUCAGAGUCGACCCGAGUGGAGGAUCAGACCGAACGAGCACUAUGAUCGAGCAUCGGAGGAGCGUGACCCUAUUGGCCCUGCUGCCUUUUCUGCUCUCAGUCGAGGCGACUACCCUUUUGGGGGCGCCACCGUGCCCCGACCCUCACGGAGUUUUCGCGUAUGCCCACCCAGAGAAUUGCAACGCCUUUUUCCUCUGCACGAACGGCACCCUGACCCUCGAGUACUGCGAGAACGGAUUACUUUUCGACGGGCAUGGCGCCGUGCACGAUCACUGCAACUAUCACUGGGCCGUCCAUUGCGGGGAUCGCAAGGCUGACCUGACACCGAUCAGCAGUCCUGGAUGCGAAUAUCAAUUCGGUCUUUACCCUGCGAGCGAUGCCUGCAGCACCACCUAUAUCAGAUGCGCCCAUGGCCAUCCCAACGAGGAUCAUUGCGACGCAGGAUUGGUUUACGACGCGAAGAGUCACAAUUGCGUCUGGCCCGAUCAACUGUUGCCCUACUGCAAUCCGGAGGAAAUAGUCGGUUUCAAGUGUCCUCAUAAAGUGCCUUCCCACAGCGCUGCCGCCAAGUUCUGGCCCUACCCAAGAUUCCCCGUACCCGGAGAUUGUGGAAGAUUGAUCACCUGCGUUGAUGGCCAUCCACGUUUACUUACCUGCGGUGAUGGAAAACUCUUCGAUUCCGUGAGCCUGAGCUGUCUGGAUCCUGAUGAAUUGCCCCACUGUGCCAAUAACAAUCUUUAAAUUACAUUGGUCGCCGAAUUCUGCAAGUUUUCUGGAAUCAUCGUCAAUGUUAAAAAUAAUUAAGAAUAAUUUAAUUUUUUAUCAAUUUAAAAAGGAAACCGGAUACAUCAUCGUUUCCUUUCCAUCGUUUGCUUUAAAUUUGAUCAUCUAUUGUCGUAAUCCAACCGUCCAAUUAUUGAAACGAUUAUUCUUCUUGUAAUUAUGGAAAAUUCAUUUUUCUAUAAUAAUUUAUUCGCAAAAAUUUAUUCGUAUAUUCUAAGUGAAAAGGAAAAAGUUGCUACAAGAACAACGAUGUGUACAACGAGUAUUCGAAUAAAAACGUGGACGCGUGUACAAAAAAAUAUACAACGUACACUUUAUUUCAACGAGUCUACAUUCGUACAAGUGUGAACGUUUUGAUAUUACUUAUAAUUAAGGCGAGAUAAUAGAGUGAGAAUGGCUAAGAGAGAGAAUUAUUUACAUUUCGGGGGUGGUGGUGAGAGAGAGAGAGAGAGAGAGAGAGAGAGAGAGU